AGUCGAAAUGCGGAAAGUUUUUGUGAUUCUUGUGGUAGUCAAACUGUGCCUAGUUUUAAUAUUGCAUCCCAAUAAUGCUGCGCAACUUAAAUUUACAAAUGCGCGCUGUCGAGUUCACAACGCAAGCUGGGUCAAACUAAAACUUUGUCGACUGAAGGCAUUAAGUCGUAACAGGACAGUAUUUAAUUUUAAUGCUACCAUGUUAUAUCCAGCGUAUCAAAUAUCGAUGGAAGCUCAGCUUCUGAAGAAAGCCAAUGGCUAUAAGCCCUGGCUUUAUAAUGCGUCCGCAGACAUUUGCCGGUUCCUCAAAAAGCCGUUUAAUCCAGUAAUUAUACUAUUCGUAAAAGCUAUACGGGACUACACAAACUUUAAUCACACCUGCCCCUUUGAUGGUCCCUUAAUUGCUAGCGGACUUCAUAUGCCGUAUGAAAAGUUGGGAAUUCCAUUUCCAACUGGAGAAUAUCUUGUCAAACUAGAUUGGUUCUAUCACCAUCGAAAACAAUUGUCAACAGAUUUUUAUUUUUCGGUUGACGAAGGUAUUCUGAAUACAACGGGAAGUAUUAUCAAGGGGUAA